AUGGUUGUGUUUAAAUCAUGGGUUCAGAGAAUAAAUAACCUUUAUAUUGCCAAAAGUCGAAAGUUUGAGUGUGUACGUUACAGUUGUUGGGUAGUUUCUUUCCAUUUAAGUUAUAUGUUUUCUAGAGAAGUAACCUACAAGAAGUUACGAAGCGUCGUAAAUCUAGUAUCACGUUCAUUUUCGCACUUAAAGUUAUGAUAAACAAUCCGCGACAAAUAAAGAAAUUUAUCACCUUAACUUUUAUGUUUUGCAAGGUUCUUGCCUUAUCGGUUUUUAAUUUAAUUUGACACGAGGGUGUGUAAGCAGUUUACGUAUGCGAGCCCAACUUGUCAGUAUUAGUUCGUUGUUUAUUUUUCCAAUAGUGAUGGUUACUAACAUGCCACUGUGGGCUCUGUUUUCUGUGUCAAAGUGGUAGUCACUGUGUAACUACGCUUCCCAGUUGAUGAUAAAUCUUAAAAUAUUUAUUUGGCCAAUCAAAAUCCGCUCAUGCACAAAAUAUGGCUGUGGGAUACGUUAAUGUAUGCUUUAGAGCUUUCGCUACCAGCUCAGAACUAUUCAGCUUAUAGCGCACGCACAUGUUUGGGAACCAAAUUCUCCGUUGGUCGGUCAGUUUUGUGAUGAAUGACGAAAAUGGGAGCCAGAUUCAAGUAUAUUGUUUUAUACCUGUCCCAACCUUGGUUCUCUUUCAUGUUCGGUUUUGGUUUCUGCAUAUUUACAUUUUAUUACUAGGAAUCUUUAAUUCACUUUUAGUCGGUAUUGAUUUCCUUUUCUGUGAGUUUUAUUUGGGGACUACACACCACUAAAAUUAUUAUUCUUGAGUAUAUGUAUCAAUGAUGGAGGCUUUAAGGUUUUAGUGAGUAAGACCCGUCGUGCUUAACAUUGUGGUGAAAACCGAUCAUAUAGGAUGCAAGUCUAUGGGCGUGUACUAUACUAAAGUAAAUACUAUCAGUAAAAAUCAAGGUUGAAAGUAACUCGAAAUAGAGUGAACGAAUUACUAAGUACCGAAUCUAAUGAUAUCCCUUAACAAAUGGAUCUCAGUUUUCAAUCCUACCUCAUUUAAAGUGUCGAAUUGAUAUGAUCGUAGUCGAUUUGAUUCAUUUCCAUACACAAGUCUACCUCACGGCUGAGUCGUAAGUUUCUCCCUUGUAAUAUGCGAAUGUUGAUCUGAGUUAGUUAUUCUGUACAGUGAUCCAUCACACCUGUCCAGUUAAAAUUUUAUUUUGUCGGUUUCAAUAGAUUUUGAGGAAAACAAGUACCUGAUUGAGAUUCAUAACUCAAAAUCAUGUUUCCUACUUUAGGAUUUCUAAACUACGCCAUUUUGUUAGAAUCAAUAGGAAUCACUAAGUCGCUUUAUAUCUUUCUUUGUUGUUCGACUUCGUUUAUUGUAUUGGAUUAGUUCUUCUUAGGUGUCAAUGUUGUAACCUCACGUGAAAAAAAAAACGAAAUACCCAAUAGCCUAAUAAUUUUAAUUCUUUCAGUUAUCCAGUGGUUCAAGUGGAACCAUGCUUGAUCGUCUCCACUCUUAUGGUAGAAACAAACUUUACUUCUUAAGACUUCGUCGAUUCUGCCAGUUUAUUUUAAGUCUCGGCAGGGAUGGAUUUUAUGACGGCUGGCUGGGAAAGGAAUCUUACUGCACUCUGAACACAUCUGGUAAGUUCCUAGAGGUUUUGGUUCAAUAUAAAUUUACACAUAACCACAGUUUUCUAAAAGGUGUCAAUUAUGGAUUAACUACAUUCUUUAAAUUAUCAGUUCAUCGGUCAGUGAUUCCUCGUAGUGGUGCCCAAUAGACCAUAAGGGAUUUGAUUAUUAUUCUUGACUUGUAGCUUUAUUUCAUAAUCAUUAAAACCACAUUCAUUCAUUUCGUUACACUCGUUUUUAACUUAAUCCUGUCGAUACUUUUGUGAGGUCAUCUAAUAGAUAUGCAAAUAUGAGUCUUGUGUUCACUUUUUAGAUUCUGAUAUAGCCUCGACUAAUGCUUCGUUUGACUUCUGUUUUGCAGUAAAAUUUAUCCUCAUAUGUGUUCACUUUCCACCGUCUCAUUUUAGAGGAUUUUAGACUGCUAUAUUCCGAGAAAGCUCGCGUUAUUUGUGCUAUGUGGUAUUUUUUGUCGAGGCACAAGUUUAAAGAGGCUGCUAGAUUACUAGCUCACUCAAUCCAUGCAUAUCCAAUGUCAUCGACCUGGAUAUGGCGGGUGGCAUUCCAUAUAUUCCAGUGUUUGAAAGAUGAUGUUGGGUUGAGAUCAUUUAGUAGGGUUUUGGAUGGGUUUCUUCUGAGUGAUGAAAAUAACCGUAUAUUAGAGUUUAUAUUAUAUGAGAUCAGCAAAGGAAACUUGAAUGCUGUACAGUUUUGUCGCACAAAUAUACAGUUACAAUCUUAUUCUACAACUCAGAAUAUGGUUACUCCAGUGGAAUUAGCCUCUCAAAUUGUUGAUGGAGAUUAUUAUGGUGACCGUUGAUCAUUAUUAAUAAAAAUUCAUGGGAGAUGAAAAAGAUUUUUACGAAACCACACCUAUUUUCUUGUUAGUUUUUAUUUACUAUCCUAUUUGUGAACUUGAAUCGAUACAUUAUUAUUGCUAACUUCGAGUUAUUUCUAUUUAUCUUUGGGAUUGUUACCACCGACAAUCUUACUGUUUAAUAUGCUUCAAGUGAAAGCUCUUACGAACUCUUAGGAAAUGAUUUAAAAAUACAACCCAUUGUUUCCGUCUGUUAUGUUUACUGGAAUUUUGACAAGUUAAAUUCAUUUUCAAGAAUCUCGAUUCGUCAGUUGCACUUUUUGCUGCGUGUAUUUUUACCAUUUACUCACUAAUUUAUGAAGUCUUCUCUGAUAUAUUAUUCUAAUCUUUUUUGCUCGUUUUGUGGAUGUUUUCUAUUCAUACAUUGGCAAGACGCUCACAAAUCAUACCUAAUAUAGAGGGAUCUUAGAACUGCCAGCUACCUGCUCACUUUAGUCCAAAUAGAAUUCUAUUUUCCUACCAACUCUAUCUAUAUUUAUUGGUUCUUGUUGCUAUUCUAUCACCCCAACAAUUUCCUCAACAUUUACAUAGUAUUUGUGUUGAGAUAUCGAGUUUGCUACAAAUCACCCCCUUUUUGAUUUAGUUCUACAAACCGUACAUUUAAACAUUCAAAACUACAGUUUCAAAUGGAAGAAUAAACUUCUUAAUCUAGAAAAUAUGAACUAGAUCUACAUAUAAAGGUCGUGUUUUAUAGACACAAUCUUAAUGAUAUUAGACAUUUGAUUUCAGACAACUAGUGUGGUAAUUCUAAGCUUCACUUUGAACGCCUAGCAACCACUCGAUUGGAUAGUAAAAACCCCAUUCACAAUAAUAAGCUUGGUGACCAUUGAUGGUGUAAUGAACGAAGAUUUGAUUAGAGGAAACCAACUUUGUAUUUGUAAAGUAUGAAAAUAAUACAUUUAACACACCAUUUAGACAUCUUCCUUGAAUUGUCUCUUACACACCAUCGUUCAUCCAUUCCUGUUGCUUCUCCAACUGCUUCUGUUUUUCUUACUCUUCUCACUUUCCUCUUCUGUUAGUAAUAAUCCUACUGCCGAUUGCUGAUACAUAUUACGUAUGUGUCCGCAUAAGUAUCACAUAAGACAAUGGUAACUCGGUGAUGUAUGAAAAUAAAUUUAUGUCAGUUACUCCUGAAGAUGAUUAGCGGAAAUUUGUCUCUGUUUAUAAAACCCUUUUUGGACUCAGCUCCUGCCUCAGUCAAUCACAAUCGACAUAAAGACCAGACUGGACGAUUUUUAAUGAAUGAAUUCCACUACUGAAAUCACUUCCAGCUUCUCUGCACUUUUUAUUAAUGUGUGCUACUAUAAAGGUCAUAUAGUUUUCAAUCAAACGAUCGAAUCACAUUCUGAAUCACAUGAUUUCUACAAAGAACUCAAGCUACAUCAACCACGACUAUUGUCUAUUUUCAAUACAUUUUCUCGAUUUGUUUUCACUAUUCACUAACCCAAAAACUCGUAUUUCAUUCGGAUUUGAGUUGCCUUCAGUCUCUAGACUGGCUUUAACCCAAGUCUCCCAUACCACAUCGACCAAACGAGACGAAACUGGUAGUUAUGUCGAUGAUAACCAAAAAUAUUAAACAUUGGAGAGUAUGGUUUUAAAAAAGGGAUGAAUUCGAUAAAUAAAAGAUUUGAAAUUAAGUUUCAGUCCAAGGCUUAGGAAAAUACAAUGAGUGAAUGCAUCGGUGCCACUGUACUUCGAUUUUGCAUGUGUGAAUAUGCUUCUGGAUAAAUACAUACACAUCCCCUGAAGUUUACUUUUGAUUGAUUUAGAGACGAGAAUUUUAAAAACCAAUUUGAGAAGAAAAUAGUUAACUUUUAUGGGAAGUUGACAUUUACCAAGUGGCGUAUAAUCAAAAUUUGGUAACAACUAGUAAUUUUCGGGAGUUUUUUUUUAGUUUUGUUGUCAAUGCCUGUAGCCGAAAUAAGGACCAAAGGCAACUCAAAUCCGAAUGAAAUACGAGUUUUUGGGUUAGUGAAUAGUGAAAACAAAUCGAGAAAAUGUAUUGAAAAUAGACAAUAGUCGUUGCUGACGUAGUUUGAGUUCUUUGUGGAAAUCAUGUGAUUCGAUCGUUUGAUUGAAAACUAUAUGACCUUUAUAGUAGCACACAUUAAUAAAAAGUGCAGAGAAGCUGGAAGUGAUUUCAGUAGUGGAAUUCAUUCACAACAAAUCGUCCAUUAUAUUUAAUGUACCGGGAUAUGUCUAUCUUCCAUCAUUGGCCAAUCACUUUUAUGGGAUGUGUUAUCGGUAAAGCCAAUUAAUAAAUGUUUAGCGAAAUAAUUAUGUCAGUAAUGCAUUUUAUGAGCAACAGGUUGCAACAAUUGACAUAACAUUUCAGAGGAUAUGACAACUGCUCUUCAGCCGCUUUACUUUCAACCACUAUCCAGCUAUAAUCAGAAUGACACGAUGAAAUCGUUUAUAUAUAUUUUACUGCAGUUCAUUAUUCUAUAGCAAGCUGAAAAUGAAUUAAAUGGAAAGUUCUUAAAGAUUCAUUUCCUAAAUGUUUGACAAACAAACGGAGCAUGGGCUGACCUUUAGAUAUUUAACAAUAUAUUUUCAGUGGUCUUGACAGCUUAUGAUCUUAGUAAACAAAAAUAGAGCGAAAAUAGUUUCCGAGUAAUCACAACAGAAUCAUUUUGACUAACAUAGUUCUUAAAUUUCCAGAGUUCUAACCCCUAAUUAAAGCUUGGAAAGGGCAAACUCUUUGAUUUCAACUUCCUAAAAUUGUUCUCUCACUUGUUUCUGGAAUCUCAUCAGCAACAGAACAUCGAAGUGUGGAACUUAAUUCAGUUGUUUUCCUGGUUUUGACAAGAUAUCCGAACCCCUAUUAAAAAACAGGCAUACUGUUAAACAGUCCUCUCUGUUUUCCUGGAUAACCAUGUGGCUAUGGUCAAACAUUUAAAAGAUAUAUCAACUAACAAAAAAUCAGCUUGCAAUUAACCGAAUAAAAAUAAGAAAUUAUACGAUAAAAAAUUAGUCAUUCACGAGUGAAACUGCUUUCAUAAACGAAUAUUUCAGUAUAAACAAUAUAUUGCUAAAAGUACUUGUUAUUCCCUUUUUUGUUACAGCCUGUUCAACGAAAUAAAUAUGCAAGUCUUCAUACAGUUUUGACUAGAGAGCCAGAAUUUGCACAUGUUCAGCGAUUACAAAGACUCUAUGAAGGUUACAGCUUUUAUGGAAUGUGGCUUAAACAAAUUAAUUCAUUAGUACCAGCUAGUAAGUUCUGAAACCCUAUCUAUCGUCCGUUUAGAAGAACCAUUAAGACCAAAAAAUACCUGUCUCCCAAUAAAUAUUUGAAAGCCAAAUUUUGUCAGGUUUACUCAAUCUUUUAAAUUUUUUGCUAACGAAUGACUGUUAGUUUUCUUUCCUGUUCAAUUUUUAAGCGAAAAAAAUACUGUGCAGUACGAUUGACAACUCUGAUUUAAGACGGAAUAAUAUUUCCGACCACAAUUUUUAUAAAAUUUUAAAUGUGCUGUAACUGUAACCCAGGUAGAUUAAGUAUCUGUGUAAAAUAUAUGACACAUUCCAUUGCACUGAAUUUUAGGUAUAACCGUCUUCUUCAUCACGAAGUUGACCAUUUCCAAUCCAUUAUAACCGUAUAAUUUAAUCUGACUUCGUUACUUUUGAUCUUAUUUUUAGGUGAUCCCGAUGAUAUUCAUAUGACAGCCGAUAAUUUAGCUGAGAAAGCUUACCAUCGACUACAAGAAGUUGAAGCUCUCGUUUCUGAGGGUCAUUUAUGCGACACCUUUGUCAGAGCAUUUGUUGAAAUACUGCAAUAUUUUAAUGAAUGUACACGUGCACAUGCCUUACUACUUAGUUAUGCUCAAAAAGUACCUGAAAACCCAAACACCUUAAGAUAUCUAUGCGAAUGGCAUAAACGUCAACCUGUACCAAUUACUCAUUCAUCAGCAGUUUUGUCUCCAUCUCAUCCAAUAACCAAAAACUGUCAUGAUUCCUCAGCAUGUAGUUUAGAUCUAAGUGACGGUAAUACAACUGUUGAUGAAACUACACAAUCGCAUACGUCCCAUCAGAAGAAAUCGCCCAAAAGUUUGAAGAAUUCAAAAAUGUAUUUAGAAUAUCGUAUAUCAUUUAGCAGGCGUACAUUACCUGAACCAGCUCCGAACCUGCCUGAUAAUUAUGAAUCUAUGUCGAAAAAAGAAGUAAAAAGUUUAUUAAGGAGAAGUCAUAGCCAUUUACCAACUAUAAUUUCUUGUUUAAAACGUGGUAAGUCGAUCAAAUAUCUGUUCCUUCUCUGUGAUAUUAUUCAAGAUAUUUUCCUAGCAACUUACAAUGCUUAUAUAAUCAAUAUAAAUUUUUAUUCGUAUUCAAAAUAGAAUCUGUGAAAUUCCAUAAGAUGUUAAAAUAGUUCUCGGAAUACUUCGAGACGAUAUAUGUAGUUGACGGCGUAUUGGUUUUUUGCUUCCUCUAGAUCACCCUGAACGUAAGUCGUAUGACCGUAGAAACUUAAAUCACAAGUUUAGGAAAAAUCAAUGGACUUCAGCUCCGUCUACAAACCUGACAGAUGCUUGGAGACUCAUUACAUCUGGUUCUGAACAUGAUUUGGAGCGAAGGAACCUUAGACUUAAGUUUAUAAAAAGCCUACCUAAUGAUCGUGAGUAGUGGUGAGUAGCAAAAGCGGAAGAGAUGAAAAAGACAGCGGUGGGUAACAGUAGAUUACUAUCCAGACUUAUCAAAGAAACGUGUAUUAAAGAUCCGGCAGGACUAUUAUCCACUCUCGAUCCAGGAGAUUGAACCGAUUGGCAAAACACUAGGGGAAUGGCCUUUAGCGGUAAUUCAGUAACCUGCUAUCUCCAAGUAACCUGAAGGCAAACUGAUGUAAGUCCUUGAAAUCUUAAUGAGGUUGAUAAGGUUAUUGGUAAUCUAAGUGAUGGAUAGCACCAGGGCCUAAUUGACUAACACCCAAGAUUUUUAAGGUUGGUGGUCCAGUUUUAGCAGUUCCACUAAUUGAAAUCUUAGUUAAAAUCUGGUAACUGAAUGUAAUCCCAUCUGACUGGUUUCGAUCACUGAUCGUCCCAGUUUAUAAGAAAGGACAAAAAUUCUCUUGUAACAAUCUCAGAGGAACCAGUUUAAUAUAGUAUCUAAAAUAUUAGUGUCAUCUGUGGUGUAGGUGAGAUAUGCGUCUUCUGACCAAACAGAGUUCUCCCCUUCUACUUCAUGGAUGUAAAACAUGGCUAUUAAUAGUAGAGGAUAUUCGUACGUUAUUGUUAUUCUGUUAUAGGUUUCGACGAGGCACUGCUCUUGUAUUUUGGGAGUAUAGUAAACAAUGCUUGGGUUAGUAAUAGAGUAUAAGGCAAAGAAGGUGGGUCGAUUGAUAAGGUAGUAAAUUUUCAUCAACCGAGAUGGUUGGGAGAUGUGUUACAUAUCUUCAACCACCGCCUACCUCGAUGUGCGUUGUUUUCUGGUUUAGGAUUAGGCUGACCGGACUAGUCAAAAAAUGGCAUCAGACCAUGUAGACACUGGAAAUCGGACUUACCCAAGUUAUUAGGUGUAGACCACCUGGUUGGGGUGCGCGUGAUUAUCGUAGCCAAUGGUUAGAGGUUUUUAAUGACAUAAAUCAAAAUCGUUUGCAAUGGCCCAUGUGCAUCCAUUCUUUGUCUUCUCCCAAAUUCUGAGAUUCUAAAUCCCUCAUAAUUGUUUAUUUCGUUAAUUUCUAUUUUAUUUCCGAGUUAUAUCGUCUAUCUUCUUUCUUAUUACCACUAAUACUGUUACCACCUCUACGAUUCUGGGAUUUGGUGUGACAACCUUUGAAUUGUAGUCUAGCCAUUUAAUUAGCGUAUUUUAUACAGCAAAUGUGCCUCAAAGUCUAAUUUAUGAACCUCUCUUUAGUGUGUUUGCGUCCAGAGCUUUUCGACAAUUUUUGACAAAGUAACGUUUCUUGAUGAUAAUAAUCUCUUUAAUACUGUGUAUUUAAUUGUAUGUAGCAGAUAAUAGUCGAUCCAAAAUUAUCGACUAAUUGCUGUCUUAUAUUCACUUAGCUCGUGAAUAUUCCAAAAUAUGCUUAAAAAGGUUUUUCAACAGUCGUAAUCUUCCACUCAUCUUCCAUUACAAACAUUUUUGACCAGCUUUGUUUUUCCAUAACCUUUUUUUACCUGUAUGAUAUAUUUGAUUUCUAAGUUGCAUUUCAGUCACUUAUUCCUUCUCCAAAUAUCAGACGAGGUGAAAAAUACACCGACCUAUGCGGUAGUUCUCGGAUUUUACACUAUUUAGCUUCAUAAAAGGUCGUGAGCUUUUUAAGAGCAUGUGAGCAUAUUAAAUAGUUAAAUACGUAGUCAGUUAUAGCAAAUUUAUAACAAAACGUUAUUUGCGUUGUUAGAAAAUAACAUGGUUCUGAAAUUUGAUCUGCCAAAUACAAACACUGAGCGCUGUUUCUUUUCAAUUAUAUCAAUAUUCAGCAAGCACAUAUUUGCCAAGUUUCUGGAUCCGUGAGUGGUUUUUGUACAAUCAAUGUAGCAAGCUAACUAUUUUUACAACUAUGGAUUAAGUGCUAGGUAUACCUGUAGAUGUUCUCGAUUUCUCUUUCUGCAUGUUACAUUUUACGAUCCACAUUAGAAACAUCUAACACCUGAUCAUUUUCAUAGACUAGCAGCUUCUACUGUUUUCCUAGGGCCUGGGUUCGAGGAGUACUAAGGACAAGUGUGAGGUUUUAGACAAACUAAGUUGACCUAUAGAAUUAAUGAUCACUUUUGGUCGUAGGUAGUUUUUUUUUAUUACAUUCUUUAUCUGUCCAACAACCAUUAAUCAUAAAUGACUACUAUAAGUGGGACGAUUUAAAAAAAAAUUCACUGCAGUUUUAUUUUAAUUUAAUGUUAUAUCGUUCUCUUUUUAUCUUCUACAAUUCCAAGAGAUUAAAUAAAACUGUCUCCUACGUUAAGGAUGUUAAUUAGUCUUCGUUACACCAGUGAAAUGUUCUUUAAUCUCAGUGCUUCAUCAUCAGUCGAAAAAUUAUGUAUAAUUUUAUACUUCAUUUUAUAAAGUUCAUUGUUUAUUUAAUAUAGACUAAAAGAACGUUUCUAAAUUCACUGUUUAUCAAUUAUUUGAUUAAAGACCUUGACUACUGUAGUUUUAUUUUAGUGAUAGGUUUUGAUUGUAGAUUAGUAAAAAUGCUCAAACUGUUUGUUUUGUUUUUUAAAUUGUUUUGAAGAUCUUCAUUACGAAUAUAAAUUAGAAAUGGAAUACUUUUUAUGUCAUGUUUUUAGCAUUCUUUAGUCCAUCAAUGUUAUGACUGCUAAAUAUAAUCUUUCCUCAUACCCUGUUAAUUUUACCAGUUGUAUGUGAAGAUUAGAUGUCAAGGUUUUAUCUUACUUUUUUGCUGUUAUACUACCUACCAAUUACUUAACAUAAUGUUGUUUAUAAUGAAUUUCGUAGGAAGAUUUUCUGAUGCAUUGGAUCUAUCAUUUUUACUGCUUGAUCACCCAUCUUGGGCUGUAUACCACGAACCUUGGCGCCUCUUACGGAAAAGUAUAUUAUGCAUCGGCAAAACAAAUUCCCAAGUUUCACGUGCAUGGAAUAUGCGAAAAUGGUAUUGGAAUAAACUGCAACUUUCUUUACCUAAUUUACCUGUUAUUGCCAAGUCUAUGAAGUUAUUGUUGAAUAAACUCGAUUUGACCGAAUCGAAUCAAUGCGAUGAUGAGGAAUCAAAACUGAAUGAUCGUUUAAAUGUCGAAUUAACAAUUGUUACUAAUAUGAAACCAGUUAUUUUUCCAGAGUUUUCCAAUACAGACUUAUCUUGAUUUAUAUAUAUAUAUAUAUGCGUGUAUAUAUACUAUAUGAGAGCCAUUUGAAAUAUAAAUGCGCA